AUGUCUAUUCCCUGGAACGACGACUCAGUUUUUGAGUCUUACAACAUCAUCGAAGAGACAUUCAAGACUGUCUCAUCUCAUGAUAUCAAAACAGCCAUUCUGAUCCCCAAGAACCUCAAGCCAGGUCACCACCCAAUCAUCUAUCACAUUCACGGUGGCUUUCUGGUCAUGGGGAGUGGCUUGUUUGCCCCUUUCUUCCCAAAGUGGGUCGACAAGCUUGCGCUCCAAAACUCUGCCAUUAUCGUCUCCCCCGAUUACAGACUCUUGCCUUCAGCGAAUGGUCUGGAUGACGUUCUGGAGGAUGUCGAAGAUGGAUGGCAGUGGACAAAGAAUAUCUUGCCCAAAAUCUUGGAGGAGAAGGCUCCUGGUCACUCUAUUGAUUUCUCACAUGUCCUUCUUGCUGGCGGAUCAGCGGGUGGAUAUUGCUCUACUCAGCUUGCGCUCUCUCACCCUGACGACUUUCACUCUCUUGCUGUCGUGUAUCCUCUGCUAGACACCAAAGACAGACUUUACCUUGAAGGUGCACUCCCCAACGAACCUACAGUGUUGCGCAUGCCGCUAGAAGAAAUUCCUUCCAUGGAGGAUACCCUAGCUUGGAUCGAAAAGACGCGUAAAGAUUCCGAAUCAAGAGCUGGCUUCGAGAGGACUCCCUUCGCAGUCGCAGCUUGCCAGCGGGGUAUUUUCUCAUCUCACAUGCUCGACAAUAAGGGUCUUGACAAGACAGAGUUCCAUCCUCUCGAGAGAGUUGAGGCUGGUGCGAAGUUGCCCAAGCAUAUGUGGAUCAUGCAUGGAGAUGAUGACUCGACGGUGCCCAUCCGUGGCUCUCAGAAGUUUGUUGAUCUGGUGGCUGAGAAACUACCAGAGACUGUUGUGCGGUACGAUCACGUUGCUGGCGAGGAUCAUGGCUUUGAAUUCGAUGAGAAGAGAUGGGACUCUUUUGCUGAUGAGGCACUUGCCUUUUUCACCUGCGGCAUACUGGGUAAAGUCAUUCAAUUCCAGUAA